CGAGCUGCUUGUUGGUUACAUUGUAUCAGUCUCCAGCUUUGGGGGGGAUACGAAGAACCGCCGCGGCGUACAUCCAGAAACACAAAUUACCAAGGAAUUAACCUGGAUGGAAAGCUAUUCCCUAUUGGAUUAAUUUCGAGGAGAUAACACGCGAAGCUUAAAAUCUGUAUGAUUUAAACGCGUUUUGGUAAAAUGCCCUCUCGAGUCGUUGUUUUCAAUUUGGAACGGUAUCUCGAAGUGUGAUGGCAGAAGUCCAGUGAAUCGCUGGCCUCCCCUCCUCUCUUGUGUUGGAUGUCUUGGGGAGUGCAUUGCCACUGGUUUCUGGUGCCUUGUUUUUCAUUUUUGGUUGCUGUAGAUUUAGUGCAAUACACCGACUAGUUAUUGUAUGGAAUAUUCACCAUCAUGGGCCAACGUGGGCUUGGAUUAGAAGUGGCUUGGUAAAUCGGGCACAAUGUGGUUAAAUGGAAAACGAACGCAUAGACCGUGAGGAUUCUCUUAUCCCUGCUCCAGCACCACAGCCGUCUGAGAGGUCGUCAGACCUGACCAAGAAAAACCUGGGCCGUUGGCACUAAAAUGUCCCUAAGUGGUGGCACUGCAGGCGGGAAAGGUGUGGACUCUAAUGCGGUGGACACUUACGACAGCGGGGAUGAGUGGGAUAUUGGUGUUGGAAAUCUGAUCAUUGACCUUGACGCCGAUUUAGAAAAGGACAAACUUGAGAUGUCGGGCACCAAGGAUGGAAUGACGGCACCACCGAGUGCAGUGGCGGCGUUGCCGGACAACAUCAGGUUUGUCAGUCCAGUGGCUGGCUCUCAAGGCAAAGAAAGCAAAUCGAAAUCCAAGCGCAACAAGAACUCUAAAGACAAUAGUAGCAAAGCCUCAGCUGGAGAUGGGGCCAAAAAGGACACCACGGGGAGGACUCAGGGGGAGCCUACGGGAGCAGCAGCUGGGGCAGGAGCCACAGGCAACAAUUCUACUUCUGGGAAAAUCCUGGAAAAGGGGGGCAAGACCUCCCGAGGGGCUCUCAGUGGAAAGAAAGAGAAAGAAGGGGCUAAUGCAAAAAGUAAGAAGGACAAAGUAGAUGGAGGCCCAGUGGUGGCCAUAGCUGCUGCAGAGAAAGAUGUUGUGGCCCAGGCCCAAGGGGCUAUGGGGAGUAGUCGCAACACAUCCUUUGAGAACACGCAAUCAGACCUGCCGGGGGCUGAACAAAUGGGGAAUAUUGCACUUGAACCGGUUGGGAUUGUACCAGCAUUAACCACAAAAACUGAACCGGAUGAACUAGAAAAUAGUACUAAUGAAUGCAGAACGCUGAAAAAGGUGAAAAACGAAAAGAUGGAGUCUCCGGUGUCCACGCCAGCCCCUCCCCCACUUCAUCUCCUACCCGCAGUGGGUAACAGCGAGAUAUCCUCGCCGUGUGAGCAAAUAAUGGUCCGCACGCGCUCUGUGGCAGUGAACACGUCUGACGUGGCGCUGGCCACAGAGCCCGAGUGCCUGGGCCCAUGCGAGCCAGGUACCAGUGUUAAUCUGGAAGGCAUUGUGUGGCAGGAAACUGAAGACGGGAUGCUGGUUGUCAACGUGACUUGGAGGAACAAGACGUAUGUGGGCACUUUGUUGGACUGCACACGACAUGAUUGGGCUCCCCCCAGGUUCUGUGAAUCUCCCACAAGUGACCUGGAGAUGAGAAACGGCCGAGGUCGGGGCAAGAGGAUGAGACCCAAUAGCAACACCCCCAUUAAUGAGAACAGCAACUCCUCCGACAACAAAGGCACCAACAACAAAACACGCGCAGCCUCUAACAGUAAGGGCAGGAGGGGCAGCCAGACACCGUCAGAUCGCCGCACGCCACCCAACCCCAACACAGAGGACAUCAAGGCUAGUCCCUCCUCAGCUGGGAAACGCAAGACCAAACCCACCUCUGAUAUGGAGCCCAACUCCAGCUCUGAGGACACGAAAGGCAACAAGCGUAUGCGGACUAACUCUAACAGCGGGGCAAUAGGGCCCAGCGGUCUCCCCAUCCCUUCCAUUAAGACUGAGCCCCUGCCCCCUCCCCUGGACCGCAGUUGUCCUUCUCCCGUUCUUAUCGACUGCCCACAUCCAAACUGCAACAAGAAGUACAAGCACAUUAAUGGUCUCAAGUACCACCAAGCACGGGCCCACAACGAUGACGACAUCAAGUUGGACAUGGAUGGGGACAGUGAAUAUGGAGAGGACUCCACCCUCCAUCCGGAGCCAGGGAACUGCAACGGGGCCUCUAUCUCCCAGAAAGCCUGCUUGUCUCCAGCACGUUCAGUCACCCCAAAGGGAAGGGGGUUUGAUGCUCAGAGUCCCUCCCCAUCCCCUGGGAAGUUUGGCUCAAAGCAGAGUAAAAAGAAAAUGGCUGAAACGGAUCCAGAAGCUGCUGGCACACCAAUGGAUGGGUGCGAAGAUGGAACCUGCCUUACUGAUGAAGCCAGUAAUGAUGGCUCGGAUGACAAAAGAGGCGUAGACAGGUCAAAGAAGACUGGCAGUGGCUCUAAGGCUGAAAAAAUGGCUCAGAAAAAUAUGAAGUCACCCCGACCUCUUGGCCCCGUAGCCAUGGCAACACAGCAGAUAUAUUCCUUUCCUCCUGGAAACCCAAACACCCCCCCUGGCCUGACCCCCAUGAUGCAGGGCGUCCCCAAGAGCCCCCAAAUGAAAGGUACACAGCCCAAGCCCCCUGCCAUUGGAGAUCCAGCCUCCAGCACCACCAAGAAGAAGAAAGAGAAGAAGAAGAAAGAAGGGGGAAAGGAGGCUGACAGCCCUAAGCCUCCGGGAAAGAGUGGCAAAAUGGAGGAAGGCAAGCUUGACUGCCCUGACCAGGGGAAUAAGGGCGAGGGACUCCUCAAUGGGUCCUCAGAUCCCCAUCAAAGUCGCCUUGCUAGCAUAAAGGCGGAGGCCGACAAGAUAUACAGUUUCUCCGACAAUGCCCCCAGUCCCUCUAUUGGUGUAGCCAGUCGGAACGAUGGCAGUGGGAUGCCACAGCCUCUCACACCACUCCAUGUGGCAACACAAAAUGGCGCUGACAAUUCCUCAGUCAAAACAAACAGCCCGGCAUAUUCGGAUAUCUCCGAUGCUGGCGAGGACGGUGAGGGAAAGGUUGAAGGCGCCAAAGUCAAGACAGAAGAACAGAUUGUUCGGGAGGGUGCCAAAAAAGCCCUGUUUCCCAACCAGACACCCAACAAAGAUUCACCUUACUAUGCUGGCUAUGAUAAUUAUUACUCACCAAACUAUGUAAAUCCUAAUCCCAGUGGACCAAAUCCCGUCCUCCAGUUGGGCGAGGAACACAUAAAAAUCAAAAGGGAGGAAGACCAAGACCAAGGGGAUGAGAAGGUGAAGGUUGAAGCUCUUGAAGAGCGCAAGGCUGACAGCAUCUCUGGGCAACAGCAGCAGCAGCAGCAGCAACACCAACAACAACAACAACAACAACUACAGCAGCAGCAGCAGCAACACCAACAACUUCAACAGCAACAACAGCAGCAGCAACAGCAGCAGCAGCAACCCUCUGUCAUCCAGCAGCGCUCCAACAUGUACAUGCAACCACUGUACUACAACCAGUAUGCCUACGUCCCCCCGUACGCAUACCAUCCCGACCAGGCUUAUCAUAACCACUUGCUCAACACUAACCCCGCCUACCGACAGCAGUACGAGGAACGGCAGCGGCAAAUGGCAGAGCAGCACCGUGCUGCAGAGAAGAAGUCAGAUGCCGCUAUAAAAGAGCGAGAGGCCUCCAUGAAGGACGAAUGGAAGCAAAAGGGCCCCGUGCCUCCAAGCCUUUCCAAAGCCCCCAGUCAAUCAGACCAGGUCAAGCUACCGCAGCCCCCCGGCAAGUCCCGGGACUCUCCCUCUGAACUUUCAUCAAAAUCCAUGUCGGCGAUGAAGGGAGAGGACUCAAAGUCCCAGCAGGUUGAAGGGCUGAAGAUGAAGCUGAGUGAGGGCAGCCACCACGGGAAGGAGGACACCAAGCAGGGCCUCGAACCGAGGGGACAGCCAGGGAUGGAGCAGUCCAUGUGGUACAGACAGUACCCUGACAGCCAGAAGCCCCACUCUGAAGAGGAGCAGCAGCAACAACAGCAACAGCAACAGCAACAGCAGCAACAGCAGCAGCAACAGCAGCAGCAGCAACAGCAACAGCAGCAGCAACAGCAGCAGCAGCAGCAGCAGCAGCAGCAGCAGCAGCAGCAGCAGCAGCAGCAGCAGCAGCAACAACAACAACAACAGCAGCAGCAACAACAACAACAACAACAGCAGCAGCAGCCCCGGUGGAAGGACGAGAGGGACAGAGAGCGGGACCGUGAUCGCAAAAUUAAGGACGACCGCCCAAGGCCCAAGGACCCUAGUGGUGGCCCCAAAGAGGAGGGCAAAGAGGGGGGAGGUGACCCCCGCAUCUCCUCUGAGGACCACCGGGCCAUGGGCAAAGACCCACCAAUGCGCACCAAUGCCCACAUGCAGUUCUCAUCGCCACUUGCACAGCACCAGGGCUACAUGCCUUACAUGCAUGGCUACCCGUACGGGCAGGGCUACGACCCCAGUCACCCAGGGUACCGGGGCAUUCCACCCGUCAUGAUGCAGAAUUACCCAGGUUCUUACAUACCUGCAGGUUACCCGUUUUCCCCAUAUGGGGUCAAAAUAGCGGGAGGCGAGGAGGGCGGCGACAAGUUGCGUGCCAGCCCCACCGUCACCAAGUCAGCCACGGACUCUAAAGCCCUGGACAUCCUGCAUCAGCAUGCCAGCCAGUACAAGAGCAAGUCGCCCACGGUGGGCGACAAAGCCUCCCACGAGAGGGGGGAGCGGGAUCAGGAGCGAGGGAUGGGGACAGAGCGGGAGAGAGACGCAGAUCGCCCGCGCUCCUCGCCCUCCCAACGCAUCAUGCCCUCCCACCACCACCUGGCCUACCCGCUUCUCUCGGGACAAUAUGACCUGUCUUACGCCACCGGUAAACCUGACCGACACAGCUCCACCCUGCAGAGAUUCAUGUGACUGGAUCACAUGGGAAGAGGCUCGCCCGGGGGGUUCCCUUUUGGACAUCAGUUGAAUGGUGUUCCUGUCUAGAUUUUUUGUUCUUCUGUCCCAAUGCCUGACAGAAUGUUGCCCCCCCCCACUCGCCGCCUCCUGCAACCCCUUCAACCUGUUACCUUCUGGUGAAUGCGCGCCCCCCACACAAGAGGAUGAGACCCCCCCGACUUCUCCAAACCUCGGACAGUAGUAGGACUGAUAUAACCCAGGUUCAAAGCCAUCGCUCUCUGCCCGAAGUGCAGAGGAAACAUCAACCCGCUGAUAAUCUAGUCUUUGCACUGUCAACAAAUACAAUGCAAAAAGAGAACUGACAGCAGAUAUAUAUUUUUUUUUAUUAUUGUUGUUUUGACUGCAUUGUUGUUGUUUUGUCAUGCGCAUAAUGAAAUUGGCAAGGGAUUCUUUUCUGGGGGGUUGGCUGAGAGGAAAGGGGAGUCGAACUCAAUAAACAAAUGACAAAAUAAAGUGAAUCAUGUUGAAAUGAUUGAACUAUAUGUCGAGAAACAACAGUAUAUCCUUAACUUGACAGAUGUGUUGGCUAUAUUAGACGGGAAGAGGGAAUACUUUCUGCAGAGACUCGAGAGCCUGAGAUUGAAGUUUCCAUUCCAUUGUUAUUGAUUAAUCCCCCCCCCCCCCCUGCCGCUGUGUUUCAGGGAUGAUGUCAUGUCUUGCAGAAAGGCCGCAAACACCUCAUUGGAGAAUAAACACUAUUAAUUAUUGUUUUUUUCUUAAACAUUGUUGCUUUCCUAGAUGUGUGUGUUUAUCUUUCCCUCACAUUGAAAUGGCCACAUAAUUAGUUCUUUCUUUACUAACGCUCAUUGCUACUCACUUGGAUAGUUAGGCUUCAUUCAAACAUUAUCAAUGCAUUGUAAGAAACACUGAUGCUACAUGAAGCUUCACUUUAAGGUGUGAUGUCAGACACCCAACAGCUGCUAAUACCAAUAUAAGCCUCUUAGGCGAAGAAGGAACCAAUUUAAAAUAGAUAGAAAUAAAAAUAGACAGCAUAAAGAUUAGCUUGGAACAGACUAUGUCAAAUGGACAGCCUGUUGAUGUCAACCCCUUAAAAUACUUUUACCCCUUAAAAUAAGUCCCACAUAAGCCAUUCAACAAAUUUUGCACACCAAGCAACAAAUGCAUUUUUCAAUUGGGGCCUAGAAAGAACAAGAUUGUAGGCUCUGUGAACAUUACGAUUCACUUUACUCCCUGUAAUCCUCUGGGGGUUUCAUGUAACAUCUGAUUCACGUGCCAUUCACAUGGAUUUUAUGUCUUAGUUGUAGGCAUGUUCAUGGGAAUUGGAAAUGGCACAUGCAUUAGUUAGUCGUGAUUUCUAUGUUGUGAAAAAUGCAGGUAUGAUGGGCCCGGCAACAUUCAUUUCCUUUUUUUUUUAUGAUCUGUUGACGGAAUUCUGUUUGUUUGAGGCAUCCGAAUUAUCAGUAAAGAGUGGUCACGUGGUCAGCAAGUUUUAUUCUCUCAACCUCUCCUUGCUCCUAAAUGUGUUCUUUUUUUUUGGGGGGGGUGGGGGUACGUUUCUAGCUUGCAUAUAUGAUAGUUUCAUGGUUGACGUGAUCCGAGAUUUAUGUCAAGCCACCAACUCGUCUCCACUUUGAUACCCUCUGAAGUCACAUCGCCCCCAUAAGGUGUCCGGGGCACCACUCUCAUGCAGGAAGCACCAAUCUGAAUUCAAAGGGUUCCAGGACAUUGUCACUCUGCAGGGGUCAGCCACAGCCUCUGAAGUGUGUGCAUUGCAAAGCAGAACGUUGGUGUGAUAUGAAUCGGAAGAAUGUGACUGUCUUUGUACUUAAUCUGGUAGGAUAAUCUAGGCAGCUGUGAUGUUGUCUUUAAAGUCAGUGGGGUUUAGUACCAGAAAGCUGCAUACCUAUAGUUUUAUCAGACAAUGGUUGUGAAAAGUGCAUUUGUUCUCUCUCUGAGAGUAGUAAUGUUAUCUCGGUAGUUAAAACAAAACACAGUGAAGAAUCAUAUAUACUUAAAAUGUAUGAAAAGCCAGAAACAGUUAUGUUUGCUAUCAUCCUAAUGGAAAGUGCUUGGCUCUGUAUUUUGCAGGAGUGUAUUUCUUUUUUUUCUUUUUGCUUUGGUGAAGAGCAUAUUUAUUGGCAGGCGGUUGUCUCAAUUGGUGCCUAGCUGAACCCUCUCCUGUGAAAAACAGAGACAACUGCUUGUUUGUCCUACCUGACCCACCUACUGUCACUCUAAACCUCAGAGUACCUGUCACUCAACCGGUACUUGCAAGGAUGUUUACAAUGUGUUAAUUUCUUUCCAUGUGACAAAAUUCAGAACCCCCCCCCACCCCCCACCCCCCAUGUCAGGAGUUUGUGUAAAGUGUACAUUACCAUGGUUCUUCUUUUAUACAAUACUCUGUAACUUGCCUUUGUAAAUUUGGGCUGAAAAAAAAAUAAAUCUUUUUAUGAGAUA